AAAACCCGGCUUGUGAAGAUCCGGGUCGCAGGUCCCAGGUAGAACUCGGAGGAUCUCUGAGGAACCGCCCGUUUCCAUGGUAACGGGAUGCUUUUACUGGCAGAUGUGACAUUUUCCGGAGCUUCAUCUUCAUCAUCAACUGGGACCGGGUCACGUUUCUGAUUCUGAAACCCGGCGGGUGAAGAUCCGGGUCGGUCCCGGGCCAGAACCUCUGGAGGAUCUCAGAGGAACCGCCCGUUUCCACGGCAACGGGACGCUUUUCCUGGCAGAUGUGACGUUUUCUGGUGCAGCUGGAGCUUCAUCAUCUUCCUCAUCUUCAUCAACUGGAACCGGGUCACGUUUGUGAUUCUGAAACCCGGCGGGUGAAGAUCCGGGUCAGUCCGAGGCCAGAACCCGGAGGCGGUUUCCACGGCAACGUGAUGCUGGAGGCGGCGCGGCUGAAGGACAUGAAGGAGCUGAAGGAGAUAAAGGAGACGACGAAGGAGUCGAUGAGGGAGUCGUGCCGCGUCUGCGGCCGCGAGCUGCUGGGGAACCAGCGGCGCUGGAUCUUCCACCCGGCGGCCCGGCUGAACCUGCAGGUCCUGCUGAGCCACGCGCUGGGCCGGGCCCUGACCCGGGACGGGGGGGGGGAGUUCUGCUGCUCCAAGUGCAGCUUCAUGCUGGAGCGCAUGUGGCGCUUCGACACGGUGCUGGCCCGCGUGGAGCAGCUGUCGCUGGAGCGGCUGCAGCGGCUGCUGCUGGAGAAGGAGCGGCUGCGCCAGUGCGUGGGCGGGCUGUACCGCCGCAGCAACCCGGGCCCGGGGCUGGUACCGGGGCCCGGGCCCCCCGGGGACGCCCCACUGCUGGAACUCUCCGCCCUCAACGACGCCCGCUACUCCGCCCUGAUCCGGGACGACCUGGCCUUCUCCGUGUACGAGUCCUGGGCCGGGAGGGACGACCCGGGCCCGGACCGGGACCAGAACCAGCACCAGUGUGUAGGCGACCCGGGGCCCCCGGGCCCGGGCCAGAGGCCCCGCCGGUGCCGGGGCUGCGCGGGGCUCCGGGUCGCCGACUCGGACUACGAGGCGGUUUGUAAAGUCCCCAGACGGGUCGGGAGACGCAGCACGUCCUGCGGGCCGGCGGCCAGAACCGCCGAGGCCCGGGGCCCGGACCCGGACAGAACCACCUGCGAGGACCGGACCCCCAGCCCGGCCUCGUCCGUGGAGUCUCUGGAGCCAGAACCGGGCCCGGGGGAGCGGGUCGUCCUCUGGGAGCCCGACCCGCCCGAGCCGUCCGGAGUUCUGGACACCGCGCUGGUUCUGCUGCGGGGCUGCCGGUACCGGCCCGUCAAGGCCCGCCGGGGCAGCAGGAUCCCGGUUCUGGUCAAGGACCCGUCGGGGGGAACCCCCGACCCGGACCCGGGCCGGUACCGGGACCAGCGGGAGACCCCGGAGGUUCUGGUGCAGCCGGACCUGCAGGACCUGCAGGACCUGCAGGACCAGUGGACCGACGAGUACGUGCAGUGUGGCCCGGUCCGGUUCCAGCAGCAGCCGAUGGAGCAGCCGGACCGGUACCAGAGCGACCUGCAGGCGGUCCAGAACCAGGUCCGGUCCCUGCAGAACCAGAUCCGGCAGAGCGAGGCCCGGAACCAGAAUCUGCAGCAGCAGCUGGACCAGAACCAGCUGGACCUGAGCUCGGCCCGGGACCAGGCCCAGAACCAGGAACGGGUCAACCAGAACCUGGCUGACGCCGCCGGUACCAGGGAGGCCGAGGCCGCCGAGCUGUACCGGGUCGUGGACGAGCAGAACCAGAUGUUGUGUUCGCUGAAACAGCUGGCCGACCGCAGCCAACUGCAGGUCUCCGGAGCAGAACCGGGCCCCUGCGAGGUCCUGGGCCUGCAGGCCUCGCUGUUCCAGGCCCAGCUGGAGCUGCAGGCGGCCCAGCGGGCCCAGCAGCGCAGCACCCGGGCCCGGGAGGACCAGAACCGGGCCCUGGACCGGCUGGAGGACGACCUGCAGGGGGCGCUGCAGCAGCGGAGGGAGACGGAGCAGCACAACCAGGAGCUGCAGGUGGUUCUGCAGGAGGUCCGGUCGGCGCUGCAGGACCGCGAGGAGCAGCUGGGGGCGAGCGAGCAGCAGCUACACAGGGAGCAGGAGGAGAGAGAGAGAACCGUCCGGGACCUGAGGACAGCGCUGCAGAGCAGAGACCAGCUGCUGCAGGACUACCGGGACACGUCGGAGGACCCGGAGGACCAGAGAGACGCUCUGGUCCAGAAACUCCGGCAGAGAAUCAAAGAGAGAGACCGAGCUCUGGAGCGAGCGGUGGAUGAGAAGUUCUGCCUCAUGAAGGAGAAGGACGAGGAAACCCGUCGAGUUCACCUGCUGCUCCGGGAGAAAGACCGGGACCUGGACAGGCAGCGCUGCGUCCUGUCCAACAACGAGGAGACCAUCACCAGUCUGGAGGUUCUGGUCCGAGGGAAGGCCCUGGAGCUGGAGCAGGUGACCGACGCCUGGAGAAGCGUCCAGCGUCUGCAGCGGGACGUGGAGGACAAGCAGAACUGUAUCUUGGGAGAGAGAGACUCGGUUAUCAAGCAGCUGCAGUCGGCUCUGCAGGUGCAGACACAGGAGGCUCAGGACCUGCGCCGGUCCCUGCUGGCUCAGAUCCAGUCCGGUCCAGGUGGCGUCCUGGAGGACCUGAGGGUCCGGGUCCAUCUCAAAGACCGGCUCUUCCAGGACGUUCUAGCAGACCGGACCCGUCAGGCCCAGGAGCACCAGGACCAGGUCCAGGACCUGCUGGGAACCAUCGGUUCCCGGGACCGGUACAUACAGGACUCGGCGAGCCGGUUCUCCGAGGUCCUGACGGAGCAGACGUUGAGGCUCCAGGAGCUCCGCCGACAGCUGAGCUCAGGGUCAAGGACGGAUUCUGGAGCGGACCUGAGCGGGGAGCUGCAGGUGGUCCAGGAGGAGCUGCAGGUGGCCCAGGAGGAGCUGCAGGUGGCCCUGAGGAGGGACCAGGAGAACCAGGAGCUGAGCCGGGGCCAGGCGGUCCGGCUGGACGCCCUGGGCAGGAGUCUGCACACCAAGGACGACAUCAUCAGGGACCUCCAGAGGCAGCUGGUGGACCCGUCAGAACUCCAGCUGGUGGAGCAGCUGACCCGGGAGGUCCAGGAUCUGAGGGAGAGCCUGUUCCUGCAGGGCCCCACGCCAGACCACCACCGGUCUGGUACCGGGCCCCCUGAGUUUGGAGAACCGAGCUCGGACGAGGAGGAUCUGAAGAGCGAGUCCACGGAGAGCGCUGGGGAGGACGAGUCCACCACGCAGAGAGGAGAGCCGGAGCUGAGCAGCCUGACGGGCGUCAAACACCUGGUGGAGCAGAAGCUGCAGGUGGAGAAGGAGCUGGUGGAGCUGAAGGUGCAGCUGGAGAAGGCCGGAUUCUCCUCCCUGUCCCAGAUGAGGAGAGCUUUGUUCAGCCUGAGAGCAGAAAACCACGACCUGAAGCUGCAGCUGGACCAAGACCUGAAGCCCGGUGGAGAGAAGGAGGAGGAGGAGGAGGAGGAGGAGGAGGAGGAGGAGGAGGAGGAGGAGGAGGAGGAGGACGGCUGGGAUGAAGGGAUGAAUCUGUCUCAGCAACACUUCCAGACGGAGGGUGAGGAGAGGAGGAAUCAACCCGGCGGAGAAGAGAUCCAGGAUCCAGCCAGCAGCUCGGCCCAGGACGUGGAGGACGCGGCGUCUCCGGCCGUGACGGUGCGUCUGCAGCAGCAGAGCAGCCGGGAGCUGCAGGAGAGGCUCAUGGUGUCCGAGGCCACGGUUCAGGCUCAGGCCGAGCAGCUCAAGGACUACCGGGAGCUGCUGACGGAGACGACGGUGCAGCAGGACAGCAAGCAGAUCCAGGUGGACCUGCAGGACUUGGGCUACGAGACCUGCGGCCGCAGCGAGAACGAGGCGGAGAGGGAGGACGCCAGCAGCCCCGAGUUCGAUGACCUGGAGAUGUGCACGUCCCUGGACUGCGGUUCCACGUGGUGGCCCAGCAAGUCCGGCGGCCAGAGCUCCGGAGAAGACGCUCCGUCUCUGCGGCGGCUGGUGGAGGAGCUCCGGUCCCAGCUGUCCCGGGCCCAGGCGGUGAUCCGCGGCCUGCAGGGCCGGCUCCGCUCCCUCUCCACCGCCAGCGACAACGCCCCCGCGACGCCCCGCAAGGUCAACUGGUCCUUCCAGGCCUCGUCCUCCCAGACGGGGACGGACGACGACGAGGGCUGGCAGUCGUCCGACGGAGGAGCGCUGGCGUCGCCCCGUCACCCGGGGAACGGCCUGCAGGAGCUCGUGUCCCGCGUGGACGCUCUGGAGGACCAGCUGAGGAACGGAAACAAGAAGGAGGACAAGGACAAGUCUGGAACCUGGCCGGGGAAGUUCGACACGCUGAUCCAGGCUCAGGCCCGGGAGCUGUCUCACCUGCGUCAGCGUCUGCGCGAGGGCCGGGGCGUGUGCAGCGUGCUGACGCAGCAGCUGGCCGACACCACCAAGGCCUUCGAGGAGCUGCUGAGGGCCAACGACGUGGACUACUACACGGGCCAGAGCUUCAGGGACCUGCUGGCCCAGAGUGGAGCGCUGGCCCAGCAGGUCGGAGCCAAGAUCAGCGGACGAGGCCGGUCCGAGGAUCCGGAGGAGAAGACGGAGCUGCUCGCCAUCCGGCUCAGUAAGGAGCUGCAGCAGAAGGACAAACUCAUCGAGUCUCUCCGGGCCAAGCUGAGCCACCGCGGCUCGGACACGCCCUGCAGCAGCCACGCCCUCUCCGACACCAGCGACCAAUCCGAUCGCAUCUCCUACGUCUCCGACGAGCACGGCUCCACCCACGAGGACCUGGAGCUCUGCUCCGACGUGGACGCCAGCGAGCCGGGCCAGGACGACGGCCAGGGGUCGGCCAGGACCGGUACAGAUGCCCACUGUCACCACGGCAACAUGUCACAGCUCUCAUCCGCCCCUCCAUCCUUCACCUCAUCCCACGGAGCUCAGUCGUGCCUCAGCUGUCCCAGCAUGCAUUGCCCGAGCUCGCCGCACACGGCUCAGACAGCUCCAGUCUCAGUCUGCCCCUCCUAUCACCUCCCCCCUUCCUCCAAUCAGAAGGCUCCCUUGCACUUCCAUCCUCACGGCUCGAACCUGCGAACCCGUUACCAAGGCAACGGGAGUUCGGGCUUCUCCCUGGCUGAAGUUCAGCAGGAGCUGCAGAUGUUGCAGCGGCAGCUGGGAGGCAGCUCCAGCUUCUCCACGCCCACAUCCAGACAUCUUCAGGGGUUCCCCUUCGCCCCCCAGCAGCCGGCGGACUUCCUGCCUCUCUCCUACUCAGGAUUCCAGCCGUCUCCCUUCAGGGGCGUCGGGACCGGCAGCCUGGACCACGGCUCGGCCAUGAAGGCCGGGGCCGGGCUCCUGGAGAGCAGUGCAUUGUGGGACACCACUUUCGGUGCCCGGCCGGCGAGAGUGGGAGCCGACCUGUCGUCGGGAUCGUCGGGGUACCAGUCAGGUACCAACCACACAGGGUCGGAGCUGAUGAAGGAGCACCUGAGGGAGAUCCGGACCCUGAGACAGAGGCUGGAGGACUCCAUCCAGACCAACGACCGCCUGCGGCAGCAGCUGGAGGACAGGCUGGCCUCCGCCGCCUCAGAAAAAGGUGCUCCCACCAACAUCUACAUCCAGAGUCUGGACUCGGCCGGCCAACUCUCGGGUCAGAUCCAGCUCCUGAAGGAGGAGAACCUGGACCUGCAGACCCGGCUGAAGGAGGCCACCAGAGAGGGCAGUAAAGAGGCGGAGCUACUGAGGGAGGCGGUGCUUCUGGAGCAGUCCCGGCUGAAGGAGGCGGAGCUAAUGGCAGAGAAGUGGGCGGGGCAGAACAGCAUCCUGCUGGGGGAGAACGAGGCUCAAGCUGAGGAGAUCAACCAGCUGAGACUGGACCGGCAGAGGAAGCAGGAGGCCGUCAACAGGCUGCAGCACGAGGUCGUGGUCCUGCAGCAGCAGCUGAGAGAGAACCAGGUUCUAGUCCGGUCCCUGCAGAACCAGCUGCAGGAGUGUGACUCGAGACCAGGUCAGGUGACGGACGAGGACCAAUCAGAGCUCAGCAGCACCAGCCUGAACCCCCGAGAGCUGCAGCAGCAGCUGGAGCGGCGUCUGGGGGGGGUGACGGGGGUUCUGGGGGGGCGGGGCCCCGCCCAGCUCCACCCCGCCCACCAGCAGACCUGCAGCCGUCAGGCUGAACCCGGACCUGUAGACGACGCCCCGUCCCCCCCGGUGAGGGACCUGGGACUCGUCAGCCCCCCAGGUCCUCCGGGACCCGCCCCAGGACCCGCCCCAGACGAUGACCGGCAUGUGGUCGCCCACGGCAACGACUUUGAGGCGCUGCAGCAGCAGAUCCUCGGGGGGACCGCCCUCCUCCUGAAGAUGGAGGCCACUAUCUACUCUCUGGGGGCCACGCAGGAGCCCCGGCCCCAUCAGCCCGGGGAGUCGGGGGUUUUCAGGAACCUGCUGUCGGCCACCAGAGCCCUGAAGCGGAUCCUGCAGGAGGCCGAUUCUCUGCUCCGGAUGUUCUGGAGAACAGCCCGGCCCGAGUCCGAGGAACCCAAACAGGACCCGUCUCUCAGGGAGGAAGUGUCUUCUCUCCGGCUGAAGCUCUCUCAGCGGGAGCAGGCUCUAAGGGACGCCACGGAGCGGCUGAAGAGCUCCAACCUGGCCCGGGACGGCAUGGAGCACUUCAUCCUGGGCCAACUGUCCAGAACGCGGGACGUCCUGAAGAAAGCCAAGACCAACCUGCAGGAGAACCAAGUUAAGAUCUCCUCCCUCCGCCAAGCUCCUCUCCUGUCUCCCUCUUCCUCCUCUUCCUCCUCCUCCUCCUCCUCUUCCUCGCUCCUCUGGCCCGGUGAAGGUGAGAACACAGGAAGCGUCCGUGACGUCUCCUUCUCUUCUGGUCGGCGUGUCGUGACGCCUCGACCUACAUCCACCUCCUCCUCUUCCUCCUCCGCCGCCCGGAGACCGUCUCCACGGCAACCGUCUCCCCGGCAACCGUCUCCCCGGCAACGCCCCCUGCAGGCCGUCUUCCUGUAGCGCGGCGACGGCGGAACGUCUCCAUCAAACUCCACCAGUUCAGACUGGAAACGCUGUAAAAGUCUCAGAGAAUCAUUUCAGUCGCAUCACUGUCUGGGGAGGUUUGUUCUGUCGGAGUAGUGGGGCUGCUUAAGUCCAUUUUUGAGCCGAAUCGUUCACUUCAUGGUACAAGCACCAAAUUUGGUAAUAAAAGUACGUUGCCCAGCUGAAAAUCCAAGAGUUUUCAAGAUGGCCGCCUCGUCAAACGCCAAAAAAAGGUUUUCGAGGUAGAACUUGAAUUAACAGAAGAAUGUUAAUGAUCCAAGCAUCAAAAUGAAUGUAUUAUGACUGGAAUAACUCGAUGGUGUCAAUUGAAUUCCAAUAUGGCUACCAAUUUUCAAGAUAAUGGCUAUUAAAUUACUAAAAAGUAGCGUUUUCACGUUUUUUCUUCAGUUUUCUGCAAUGAUCUUAAGUGAAAAUCUGCAAACUAAUGUCUUUGUUUGUGAGUGUUUUUUUCAUUUAACUCGCAUUGUAUCAUCAUAAUAUUCAAUAAUUUUGAUUUUCUAAAUGCAGAGAUGUAUUUCUCAUGUGCAAAAACACAUAUUUCAAUGUAUAAACCAUCAGAAUAAGACUAUUCAAUCAAAAUAUAGUUCAAACGCUGUUUCAAACCACUUUGAAUGGCGGCCAUCUUGAAAAAUGGUGGCCACUUUGUUUGUUCAAGUGGGCAACGUACUUUUAUGAGAUAGUAGGUCCAAGCACUUGUACCACAAAGUGAACGAUUUUUCAUUAAUGUGCUCCACUAGAGGAGGUUUGUUCUGUCUGAGGAGGUUUACGGAGGUUUACGGAUGUGAACUACUGGAACUCUUGCGUUAGCGGUAUGUGACGUGUGCAGGUGUUGCAACCGCCGGCUAAAAAUAUGGAAGCCUUUGGAACCUAUACCUAAAAAAUGUCCCAGAAAACUGCCGUUGAGAGAACUUGCAGACCGUCUUCAGCUGAUAAACCAGGGACGACCUCAAAGAAUCAGGACAGAAAAGGCAAAGCAACAUGUCCUGAAAAUAGAAAAUGAGGAAAAGCAGGUUUCCAUGAUGUGGUGGUUCCAUAUUUUUGCCGGCGGUUGCACAACCCCAAGUCCAAAAAACUCUGUAUGUGGAAAAUGGAAGAAAAAAAGCCGGGGAUCGUGACAUUUAUUUGAAUUUGAUGUCUUUUUAGACAAGUUUUUCCUCCUUAACUUCCUUUUAUUUGUGAAUAAACAACCAUUUUUACAUUUCAGACCUGCAACACAUUCCUGGAAUGUUGAGACAUGAAAAAUUUUACCACUUUUAAUGUUUCUGUUCCUUCUGAAAACAAUAAAAAUACGUCCUGGCACUGAGGAAACCAAGUGAUGAAGAGUUUUGGGAAUUUUCAGAUUUAAAAUCCUCCAUGAUUCUGCUUCUUUAAUCCUACAUCACCAUGGAAACGUGGAUUAUAUUGACUGAGGAGCGCCACAAGGCUCUGUGUCCGGACUUCUGCUUUAGUCAUUUAGUCAUUUAGUAAAGUCAGUUUCCCGAUCACUAUUCCAGUUUUACUAUUGGAGGAAAUGUUCUGCAUGCGCUCUGGACUGGAGGAAAAGAAAAGAAAAGACACUUGCAAACGUUAAGACGAGUUUCCAGAACAAGAAACAAACUAAAACUCUUCAUCGCUUGUUCCUCAACGUCAGAAUGAUUCAUAUUUGCCGCAGGAGGAAUGAAAACAUUACAAAGUGGUAAAAGAUCUACGGUACAACUGUUUCAGAAUGUGUUUCACACCUGAAAUGUAUAAAAAAAAGAUGUUAAUUAAUAAAUUAAGUGAAGUUGAUGAAAAAACAUGAAAUGUUUGGGAAAAUUUAGAACAACUGCUGUUUAUUUUUCUUCAUUUUCCACGUCUUUGUAAUUGUUUCUGAUUCAGGAUUGUACGAGAAAUGUUCUCUCUCGUUUUUACGAGACCCGUCUCUGUUUGGCUGAAGUCGGUUUCUGAUUUCUAUCAUUUAUUCUUCAUUCGUUUUUUUAAAUAAAUAACAGCAAAGUUGAACAAACAUAAAACCAGAUUUAAAGUCCUCGAGCCGUCGAUGGUUUUGAACUAAACUGGGUUUUAUGACCAUAACGCAGUUUUAUAAAAGAUACGUUUGUAAAUCCAUUCAGAAACCGACUUCAGCUCUGAACUUCAGGGAUUCCAGAGGAAAAACCGGUAAAACCCGGUCGAUACCAGCGAUAAAGGUGUCUUACACCUCUGAGCUUCCUGUUCCUGUUGUAGUUUUGCUCAGAGUGUGUUUGUCAUUGCAGCGUUUUGUGGAAACAAAGCCAUAUUUCCUGACAGUGCACUGCAAAAACUCCAAAUCUUAACAAGAAUAUUUGUCUUAUUUCUAGUUAAAAUGUCUCAUUUU